CUACGGCUACUUGGCAAAAGUCCUGCAUGACCAAGCGCUGUAGCCUUGGGUACCUUUAGCUACACCCAGCGUGUUCGAAAGAUCAGUUUCAGCCAAUGCACGUACGUCUGGAUUUCUAAGGGGGACUGCGAUUGGUGUGGAAACUCAGCUGAUCACCUUGGCAACGCCAUCUAGAAUGAAUGGAGGUACAUCUGCGAUGCUGCUUUCAAAGUACCGCACGGAUGCAAGUGUAGCAUGCAUAUAUGCAGUGAAUAAGUAACAGCAGGGAGGAGAGCCAGCAAAAUCCACUUGAGAAUUGUUUAAACAUGGUUCAGUUGUGAGGAGGAAGUCAUACCAACUGUUUGGCUGAAGAAAUGAUGUUCGUCUGAUGUUCACGUUUUUAAAUUAUAAGAUAGUUUUGAAAGGACAGCUUAGGAUAUGGGUAAAGGAGGGGAGGAGAGCGCAGAUUGUGAGAAGGCACUGCCGAAAUACAGCUGGGAGGAAAUCCAGAAGCACAACCUAAGAGCAGACAAAUGGAUAGUGCUGGAGAGAAAAGUGUAUAACAUCACAGAGUGGGCAAAGAGGCACCCCGGGGGCAUCAGGGUGAUCAGCCACUUUGCAGGAGAAGAUGCCACGGAUGCAUUCAGAGCUUUUCACCCUGAUCUUAACUAUGUGAGGAAGUUUCUAAAGCCACUCCUUUUAGGUGAACUGGCACCAGAAGAACCAUCUCAGGACCGAGACAAAUGUGCUAAGCUGGUGGAAGAUUUUCGUGCCUUGAGGAAGACAGCAGAGGACAUGAAACUCUUCAGUGCAGACCCUGUCUUUUUUACUCUAUGCCUAGGCCAUAUCUUGCUUUUGGAAUUUUUAGCUUGGUUUACUCUGUCUUACUUUGGAAUAGGUUGGAUUUCUACCAUCAUCACAGCCUUUAUUCUUGCAACAUCUCAGGCACAGGCUGGCUGGCUCCAACAUGACUUUGGGCACCUUUCGGUCUUCAAGAAAUCUAAAUGGAAUCAUCUGUUUCACAAGAUUGUGAUUGGACACUUGAAAGGUGCCUCAGGAAACUGGUGGAACCAUCGUCAUUUUCAGCACCAUGCCAAACCCAACAUUUUUAAGAAAGAUCCUGAUGUCAACAUGCUACAUACAUUUGUGCUUGGAAAAACACAGCCUGUGGAGUAUGGAAAGAAGAAGCUGAAAUACUUGCCUUACAAUCAUCAGCAUGAAUACUUCUUUUUGAUUGGACCACCCCUCCUUAUUCCAGUGUACUUCCAUAUACAGAUAGUACACACAAUGAUCUCACGACGGGACUGGGUGGAUUUAAUAUGGUCCUUAUCAUACUAUACCCGCUACUUUACAACAUAUAUACCUUUUUUUGGAAUUUGGGGUGCUUUGGCCUUCAUCAGCUUCGUCAGACUAAUUGAGAGCCACUGGUUUGUUUGGGUUACUCAAAUGAAUCAUAUCCCAAUGGAAAUCGAAUAUGAACAGUAUCAGGACUGGCUUUCCAUGCAGUUGGCCGCAACAUGUAAUAUUGAACAGUCUUUUUUCAAUAACUGGUUUACUGGGCAUCUAAACUUCCAGAUAGAACACCAUCUAUUUCCUACAAUGCCUCGUUGUAAUUACUGGAAGAUAGCUCCCUUAGUAAAGUCCCUCUGUGCAAAACAUGGAAUUGUCUAUGAGGAGAAACAUCUCUCCACGGCUGUUAUUGAUGUUAUAAGGUCACUGAAGAAAUCAGGAGAACUUUGGCUGGAUGCUUAUCUGUACAAGUGAGGAUGUCAGUGGUGCAUUGUCAGUAACCUCUGAGCCCUGCACUUUCUCUGAGUGGUCACAAAAUGAAAAAAAAAAGGGGGGAUAUUCUGGGGGUGAUGUUGAAAAUGCAUGAUGACUUCAGUAUUGCUAAGAAAACUGUGAUGAUUUUGUCAUGUUUCUGCUGUCACAAUCUGAGGUCAGCAAGUAGUCUGAUCACUGCCUGAUUACUGUAGCAAGUGUCUUUCUUGUAGGUGGAGGGACUAACAAAGCACUGAAAUCCUUUACAUUACUCUGUAUGUACCAUGAACUCAGGUUGACAUUCUCAGAUGAGCAUCUGGUUUCUAUUUUCUAUUAGAUAUGUUGGAUGAAGCAGAAGAAAUAGUGGUACUUACUUCUGUAACAAAUAAGAGGUGAUACAAAGAUCAUUCUCUAUUGAUAAAUUGACCAGAUGGGCGAAGGUAACAAUGUGCUAAUAUGUUCUGCUGCAUGUGUGAGUGUAUGUGUAUAUUCAUUUACACACAUAGACACGUAUACACAUAGAGUGAUGACAAUAGCUGCCUACAAGUUUACCUCAUUCAACUAAAUUAACAGCAUAUUUAAAACUGGGGUGCAUUAAUUUGUGUUAGUGUAAUUUUUUUAACAAUAAACAAAGGGUUACUAACCUUCUGCCUCUUACAGAAACAUUAAAAAUUCUUAGUUAACUUAUUUUAUGAGAAGCAUUUAAUAGUAUUCCAUACCUUAAAAAACACAAGUGGAAUGUUGAAUACAACUCCAAACUAAAACAAAAAAAAUCGCUCCAAACCACGGACUCCAGACACUUUAUGGACUUUAUUGGAAAACAAAAAAAGAUGAAGUGCUUUCGUCCUCAAAAGAACUAGGACUUAAUCUAAUCAGAUUAGAUUCUGAAGAAGAUCUAGUUCUUUUGAGGAUGAAAGUCUAUAAAGUUUCUGUCGCCCGUGGUUUGGAGUGUUCCUUUUUUGUUUUAGUUUGGAGUAUUGACACAUAAUACUUUUUCUGAGGAUACUGGCUACUCAGUAUAUCAUUUUACAAUGUUUUUUGUCUGUUUGAUUUUGAUUGAAGUACAGUACAUAUCGAGAGAAGUGUCUUAUUCUCAGUUUCUUCACAAAUUCAGAGACUGUGCCUUAUUCAUUGUGUCUUCCUGGAGGACCACUAUGGUUUUAGUAACUACUACUGUCCAGUAUAUUUGUAAGAAGGUUGGAUUAUAGCAUCUGAUUAACAGCUAAUGCAUCCAAUGAGAUUUAUUAUUGUGUUUGAGAUGUGCUUCAUCUAAAACAAUUGAUCCUAGAACAUCACCAGUCAUCUAUUACAUAAAUAGCCUUGCUGACAUCUUAUGGCUUAGUUUAUCACAUGCAGUCUCGUGUAUAUCUACUUCCUUAGCUAUUUUUUUGCUAACUAGAAGCAGUUUUAUGGCAUUAAAUAUUAAACAAACUUUCAUUGCAGUCAGCUGCGGAUGGUAGCAUCUGUAGCAUUGUGCAGUGUCACUGGCAUAGUAUUAUUAUUAUUUUUUUACACUAAUGCAUUACUUUACAAAGCAGUAAGGCUUCUAAAUUCCAUCCUCAAAAAGAACAUGUCUGCAUUUUGAACUGUUGUCUACCACUCAGCCUUGAAGAAUGAUAUACAAUAUAUCCUCAGCACUAAACUAGGUGUCAUUGAAGUGAUUUUAAAUAUAAAUGUUUUCAUGAAUAUCAGUGUGGUAUUGUGACAACACUACACUAACAAUAUCAUUUUAAAGUUUUGUGUAAAGAUGUAUUCAUAUCAUUCAGUAGGCCAGGUUUAUUGCUGUUUUUAGCUGUAUUCUUAUUCACACCAGAUUUACUAUACAAAUGCCCCCUCCCACACAGACACACACACACACACACACACACACACACACACACACACACACACACACAACAUUGACAGCCAAAUAAUCACUCUGACAACCUCUAAAUCUCAAAGCAUUACAUACUUAAACAAUCAGCAUACAAAGGGUUGCAGAACACCAAAAAUUUUCCCCUGCUCCCCACAAUGUCUGGGCAUGGCCUACACGCUAUCUCUAUAUAUACCAAAUCCAAGUUCACACUAACAUUAAGAAUGAAAAAAAGGCUGAAAAUAAUGUAAAACUCACUUUCUCCCUCUUUUAGUGCAUCACUGCACUCAGUGUGCAACCAGGUUAACACUGACAUUCCCUUACGUUGGCACACAGUAGGGUUAAUCUUACUUCUACAACAAUCUGAGUGUAACGUUAGCAGGACUCAGCAUAUACUAGGGUUUUCAUUCCUACGAAGUAGCUGUGGCAUGUCAUAGCUUCAGCAGCCUACACACAUAGAUUCUUUGGCAUUUUCUAAAAAAAAAUCAAAUUAAAAAAUGAGCAAAAGAAAUAUAAAUACUUUCUGACUUGUAAAUACACCUAAAAUGGAGCAAACAACAUUGUGUUCCAUAGUAUGUCUUCUUUUUCAGUAGCAGAUGUAUUUAGCUCAGAGGGUUAAGGCUAUGAGCUAUAGUUUCUGUGGUACAGGGUUUAAUUCCUUCAGCCUUUAUUGGUCUACUGUGUGAUUGUGACUGUCACCCUUGAAAAGAGACUAUGUGUCCAUUGGGCCUACGUGGUUAUCAAAUGGUUAUUAUUAUUGUUUUUAUUUUUAUCAUUAUAUGUUAGUGCAUUUGCAGUCUUAACAUCAAUACUGUAAUAUAUUAUAACAUAGGAUGAUAAUUAUCUCUAAAUUUUUCACAAAAAACUUUUCAUAUAUUAGAAACUGUACAACCUAAACAUACAGUGUCAGUAAAACAUUUGUUCAAGGGAUGUGAACUUUUAUAGAGAUGUAAUAAUUUCCUUUCUUGAUUGUUGUUUAUUGAAAUAUUUACAGAAAUAUGAAAAGGUAUGUCUUUUUGCAUAAUUAUCAGUAUAAAUAACGUGUAAUAUUUCACAGGCUAUACAGCUUACAGUUUCUCCAAUGUUAUCUAAGGUUUCACUUGAUGCUGUGCUAUAGUUUGUUAGUAAAUUGGAUUUCAAAAUGUUAUUGUGUACAUGAAAAUAUUGGAUCUAUUUAUAAUUACUAACAAAUGAUUGGCAGUAUCUCCAGCACAGUGCAUUGUGCAUGGAAAAUGACAGUCUGUGUCUGUCACCAUACUAUUUCACAUGUUGCCUUCAAUAAAAGGUAGCUCCUUCAGCUAUGAAUUUAAGAGUAAAAAUAAGACUAGCAAGAAGAUAAAGGGAUGGGGGUAUGUACUGGGUUGGUGCAAAGUACAAUCGAGAUACUAGGAAGUACUUUUUCAUGGAAGGAGUCUCAGAAUCCUUAAGAAAAAAAAAGAAAUCUAAGCUAAUGGUAUCUCCACAGUGGUGUAUCCUAGAUUAUAAAGCCAUUUAGUUCCUUAUACCUUUACCUUUCUCUUCUAUAUAUUGCUUAUUGUUAAUUGGCAAGACUCUUAGUUAAGGAAUUCAGCCCCAAAACUGUUAUGACACCCUAAGGAGCUAUGGGUGUUAAAAUGAGAUAUAGAAAUGUUGCCACAGGUGUGCAUGAGUGAGGUAAAUGCAUACUCAAAAACAGUGAACAUGUUCUUCAGUCUAAAGUGCUACCUCAGAGAGUCUAUGUAAAUUUGAGCUUAACAUGGUGCCUCUGUGAAUCAAGUAUGUGAAGGGAGAAUUUGCCAGAGUUUUGUUUCAAAACAUGUCUUACAAUCACAAUGUAACCAAAACUGUGAGGCUGCAUUGUGAAAUACACAAUACCCAUUCCUGACUAUUCAGUAGUUAUGACUAGUGGAAUCCUAAUUGUAACUGUGUGACUCAUCUUUCUCAAGUAAAAGUAGUAGCAUUGUUUACAUGUGCCUUAACAUUUCUAAUAACAGCUAAUGACGACUGCUGCCCCGUUGACCAUUUACAUCGGAAACCACUAACAUGCAAGGGCAUCUGUAUGUAGUAAAUGUUUGGCGAUUUCAUCAGGGAAGUGCCCUGUAAAAACAGUAUAUGAACUGUAAAACCUACAGCCUCGGUAUAUAGAAAGCCAACAUAAUGAAUCUAACAUGUCUAAGAACGGCUAACGACGACUGCUGCCAGGUUAAUGGAAAUGUACUGAAAACUGUUUUGUAGUGAACUGAAAUACCUUCUUAUAGGUUACAAAAGCAAAAGAAAAAAAUAGGUUCACUGUUUUUCUGCCUUGUUCCUUCAGUCACAUGCCAACCUUCUCCAAAAGAAUCUUUUUAAUCUUGCAAAAAAGGGUGAAAAAUUCAGGUUGAGUAUAUUUGGAUAUUCAUUAUGUCCCCACUGAAGCAGUCCAUCAUGUCUUCUUGCAAAUCCAUAUAUUUACCAAUGUCAUUUCAGCGUCAAUAUGUUAUUAAUUAGCAAAUAAAGAUACUUAUUACAUAGAAAAAACAUUUUUUAUUAUUCCAUAUCAAAUAAUACUGAUAACCCAGUUUUGGAACACUAAUGCACGGACAGUGUGCAUCAUGCAAGUCAGGUCAGCUCAUAAUAUACGAAGAA